AUGAAAAAAGAUUGCUUUUAUAAAUUGGACCUCGUGCGCAAGAAGCCUUUACAAAAAAUACUUUUGCAAUACGAACGAACAGCUUUCGUUGAUUUUGCUCCCCACUACAACUACUACCAAAAGAUGGUUCAACUAUAUUAUCACGACAACAACGACACAGAAGAUAAUUUCACUGACGAUCAUAACUCAGGAGUGCCUGUGUCAUUUGAAGAAAUAGAGGAGUUGGGUGUAAUCUACAAGCACGUCACAAGUCAAGAGGAGCUAGAUGCAUUGGCCAAGGAACGAGAAUACAAAAACAGGGACAAGAUCCAUUUAAACUUGGAAACAUUCAAGAAUGACGUUGAUGCUUACAAUGCUAAAAUGAAGCAAUUUUAUACUGAACAUUAUCAUGAAGAUGAGGAGAUUAGAUACAUUGUUGACGGUGAAGGGUUCUUUGAUGUUCGAAACAAAGGCGAUAAAUGGAUUAGAGCAAAGUUAUCAAAGAAUGAUUUAUUGAUUUUACCUGAAGGUAUAUACCAUCGUUUCACUUUGACGAAUUCGAGAGAAGUGACCGCCAUUCGUUUGUUCAAAGAUGAACCCAAAUGGGAGGCCAUCAAUAGAGUCCACUAG